CGACGUAAAAAACGCGGAGUCUCAUUCUGCCGCAGGGCACGCUACUCACUCCUAAGUCAUGGAGGUCUGUGAUAGAAGGCUGGAUGACGGCGCCGCCACCUUUCCCCAACUGUACAAUAGUUUGUCAGGUUACAGGGCAGGAAGCUCACCAUGCAACCCAGUACUUCUGCAACAGCCGUUGUCUCUCUUCGCCGGGGAACAACCUUUGACCAUAACAGGUGAUAUAGCUGAGGAGGAGAGAGAAGAAGAUGCGACCUACAGCUUCAAAAAGAAGUUAUACGAAAUAGAGCCGUCAGGUGAUCCCCAGCUGGAGGAACGUCGCCAACGUGCCUUAUAUGCCAAGCGAAAUCGAGACAUGAAAAAAAAAAUGCAGAUGAAACUACAGCAAGAGGUGUCAACACUCAGCACCGCCAAGGAACAGUACCGCACCGACCUGACACGCCUGUAUGACUUGACGCAGACUCAACAGCACAAGAUUGAGGAGUUGGAGCAGUGUCUCCUGGACAGUCACCAGCAACUGAGGGAAAAGGAAGAGCACAUCCGGAGGAACCGGGAGAGGAUGUCACACCUGAAGGGGCACUUGGACCUCAUCGCUGAGGGCCUCGAGGAGAACAACCUGUCCCGCCGGAUGCUGCUUAACCUGCUUUCCCAAAUCCACUGAUGUCUCUAUGUUACAAUACAUUGUUGUUGUUGUUUUCUAACCACAGCAGUAUUGGUAAUAGUGAGAGUAGUAAUAAGGAUUUUAUAUCACUAAUAUAUAUGGCGUUAGAUGAAUUCAAUUAUUAUUCUUUCAUUUGAUAAUUCCAUUGUCGUAGUACUGAUGCUACAAAACUCGUGCAAUUCAAGGUGAUGACAGUAGUCAAGCCUGACCCAGUGGCGUCCCUAAUUCUGAUCACUAGACCAUGUAGAUAUUAACAAACAAACAACAGAUUUGUAAACUCCCAGGCAAACUUGACUUAUUCCGUCAUGUUCUCUGUAUCUACAGACGUUCUUUCUUUCGCUGAACUUCCAAGUCAUUAACGGGAAUUUCACGGUGGGUCCAGCCAGGUGGGUAGGUAAGGGACUGGUGCACCCUCCCCCUAGACUAUACAAACCCAACAUGCACGGGACUCUAAUAAGCACGAGGCAGAACAUGAGCGUAGUUCAGGGAAGAAAAUUAUGAAAACAACACAUUCAUAACGCAUAAAGUAUUUCAGAACUUAACACAAAGUUAUGGUAGGGAUCAAUAAAUCUAAGACUUGGAA